AAGUUCAACUGAUCCAACAACGACAAAUCCACCAACUCCAAUAACUACAGCAGCUCCAGUGACAACUACAGUAGCAGGAGGUGCGUGUGCUUCAAGCCCAUGUCUCUGUGGAAGCACCUGUGAAGAACGUGCUAACCCGACUUAUGUGUGCUUGUGUCUGGCUGGUGAAGCUUAUGGUCCUCGAGGCUGUCAAAAGGCCAAAGUCUUCCCUGGACUGCUAGUCUGGAAGAUAAAAUAUGAUCCUGAAAUGUGUGACAAAACAUCACAAAUAUUUAAAGAGACUUCAGAUAAAAUUAUUGAUUUGGUUGACAAAGAGUUUGAAAAUAAAACUGGACACAUUUCAUCUUUAGUGCUGGAGCUCUGCGAGACAGAUGGAAGGGAGACAGGCAACGUUGAAGCAUCACUACAAAUCAUUUUUGAAACAACGUCUGACAUCAAAGAAGACACUGUAACAGAAACAAUGAUGAAUCUAACCUGCGAAAGCUGUCCAUUGCAAGGAAACUUUGCAUCCAAAAACCUUUGUGAUUCCAAACCAUGUGACAAUUCAUCUACAACAUGUAAACCUACAGCUGGCAGUUUCACAUGCAGCUGUGUAGAUGGCUACAUUAACACAGAUUACAGUGACAGAUUAUGCAUGGCAUGUCCCCCUGGUCAGAAAGCUGUGAACAAUAAAUGUAAACCAUGUGACUUUGGUCGUACUGGCUUGAACUGCGAGGAUGAAUGGUUGUUGAUCGCCGUGAUCGUUUCCUCUGUCCUCGGAUUCCUGCUGGUCGUCACCUUGAUCGCUCUGCUAGUGGUAGUAAAAAAAUUCAAGAGGACCAAAUUCUUCAGGACCAAACAGGAAGACAUUAGGAAGCCGUUCCAAAUCCCAUCUCUUGCCAAAGGCCCGCUGUCCAGCAACAGCAAUGGCUUUUACACCUGGCUCAAAGAGCCAGAAGGCAGCCUGGCAAAUUCUGGGAUCCCACGAAUCCUGCGGGCCAACACCAUCAACAACUGGGACAACCUGGAGAUGACUCAGCAGAACAACGAGCAAAACUCACCAUUUGAUGACAACCAGGUUGACAUGGUCUCAUUCUCCCAGAGUUAACUCAAGAAGAACCGCAAUGUCCAGAACUGAGAUGCAAAACCUUACGCUCAGAUCCAAGAUCAGAGGGAAGCUGAAUCACUUCAGGGGUUCCUAUAGUGGUGUUUUUCCCAAAACACUGUAAUGUAUUAGAACCCUUUUGAUGUAAAACAUGUAAACAGAAGCAUUUCAGCUAAGAUGUGCAAUGUAAUGUAGCAGAUAUUGUUGUAUCAUGUGUUCCUUAAUACUUUUAGCUGCAACUGUGUGACUUAUACUCCGCUCUGUUGUAAGUUGUCUUAAACCAGUUUGCCUUUCAUGAAGUUUGAUUUAUAAUUACAAUCUCAGUCACCCAAUCUCUCAGUUCUGUAUGUUAAUUGAACUUAAAUAUAUAAUCCUUUUUAUUUUCACUGAACAAAAGCUAAGAGAAGAGCUGUUGGUCAAAUAUUUGUUUUGUUCAUUUUUGAAUUUACUAGAGUUGCUUUUCAGGUUUAAUUUGAGUCUCAGUUUCAGGUUUAACUAAGUUUUGGUGAAUGACACGAGCCGAAAUUUGAUCCAAAUCACAAAAU